AUGAGACAAUCUUAAAAAGUAUUUUCAAAAUGUACUUAGAAUAUGAGGCUAAGAAAUUAAUUGAUUUUCAUAGCCUCUGUCUAAGCAUUCAUCAUCAUAUCCUAUGUUUUAGCAUAAAAUAUGAUUCACCUUUCUCUACUUAAUGAAUACUUUUCAGACACUUCAAACAAUUUGUAUAAGGAAAAUUCAAAUAGGAUUCAAUCUAAUAUAAUAAAAUUAUAUAGAAGCUACUUUGAUAAAGUCUUCUAUUUAAGUAAGUAUAAAUAUAAUUAGAUGGCAACACCUUAAUCUCAUUUCAUAGAUUAUAUCAUUAUACUAAAAAGUAAGUAAUCCUUUAGAAUAAUUUUAUAACAAACGAAGACUUCUAAAUGGCAUAUGGUGGAAUAAAUCCGAUCCCAGAUCCUUUUCGAAUAGUUAAAGGAUAUGGAAACUAUGAUAUUUCAUAUUGCUUUAUGUGUUAUUCAAACUUAAGUUCAUAUAAUUAACCUAAGAGCAUUGAUGAAUUAGUAGGUAUUAAAAUGUAAGAACAAGUACAAGCUUAUGGUUAACUUUUAUAUUAAGGAAAAGAGAUUAACCAAUAUUUCUUUUAUUCUUAUAUAGUAAAGGAGAAAUUAACCUCAAUAUAUCCUUGUUUAAAUAGACAAUAAGGAAUUUAUAGUUAUAAACCAGAGUAACGAGACUGGUAUAUUGAGUUACAAAAGAAUUAUGAUAAAACAUAAAAUUAUAAUGCUUAUAAUUACACAUUUACGAAUCCUUUCAUGUGUAAAUUUAUGUAUAAUUAUUUUAGUAUUUACAGAAAAAAAAAUUGGAUUAUCUAUGGCAAUGCCUCUUGUAGAUGAAUAAACUAAAUUAAUAGGUGGAGUGGGAUCAAUAUUUUUAGGAAAUGAAUUUGUUUAAGAAGCAGGCUAAAAUAAAUUUGGAUUUCAAAUUAUAUAUUUGAUUUCAAAUGAAGGAAUUAUGAUUAUGCAUCCAUACAAAGUUUCAGAGGAAUAUUUACCUUUAUUCAUAUAUAAUGAGACUAUUACAGGAUUUAAUUAUUCAGAUUGGAAAGAAAUUUAAAAAAAGAAUGGAUCAUCUUCUUGUCCAAAUUUUGAGUUAUACAAUUCCUCCCUUUAAUGUCGAUUUAACUCUUUAUAUAAUUAAGAAAUGAUUAUUGGUAUUUAGGAGAUUCCUAAAUUUAAGAUGAUUCUGAUCAUGUAUAAUAAUUAUAAACUCUAGGUUAUUAAGUAGUCAAGAAUACUUUGAAUUUUAUUAUAAAUUUUAAUAAUAAUUGUAAGAAAGUUUGUCAGAAACAUUAUCAUAAGAUAUUACUACAUUAUUUGGAUUAUUAGUACUGGUGUGUAUUUGCAUUUAUAUACUUAUACAGAUUAUCUUUUACCCUAUUUAUGCUGUUUAAGAAUAUGCUAAAAAUAUGAUCUCAUAAAAAAAGAAAUAAGAAAAAGGAAUACCAAUAUUUAUUUAGAAGUUUAUGAGUGAUUAGGUGAGGUAAUUGCUUUAAACUUUUAAGUUUGUUGAAAAUAAAUUAGAAUUGUUAUCAUUUCGUAAAACUGAGUAAUGCUCUUUUUUUGAGAAUAUUUAAUAUCCUUAAAAAAGCAUUUCAUUUCAACUUCAUCUUAAAUAAUAUCAACAUUUUCUUAAAAUUCACAAAGUUUAAAAAUUUAAAUUAUUACAAAGUCAAAAAGAUCAUAUUUUAUAAUUAUUUAUGUAAAAUAGCCUUAAUUUAAAGAAAAUCUUAUAAUUAGUAAAAAAAGCUAAUUUGUUUUAAGCUUCUUGA